GAGAGGUCGGGCGCUGCGCAGGGGAGCCGCGAGGCCGCCCGAUGGUGCUGCGGGGCGGCGGCGGCGGAGGUGCCCGGCGCCUUCUGCUGCUGGCGCUGUGGCCGCCGCCGACGUCGCCCAGCGUGCUGCGCCUCUGGCUGCUGCUGCUGGGGCUGCUGCUGCUGGCGGCGCUCGGGCAUGCGUGGACCUACCGCGAGGAGCCCGAGGAGAGCGACAGGGAGGUCUGUUCCGAGAGCAAAGUGGCCACCACCAAGUACCCGUGCCUGAAGCCCAGCGGAGAGCUCGCCACCUGCUUCAGGAAAAAGUGCUGUAAGGGUUAUAAGUUUGUUCUUGGACAAUGCAUUCCUGAAGAUUAUGACGUCUGCGCAGAAGCUCCUUGUGAACAACAGUGCACAGACAACUUUGGACGAGUCCUAUGCACAUGCUACCCUGGUUAUCGGUAUGACCGCGAAAGGCACAAGAACAGAGAGAAACCCUAUUGCUUAGAUAUCGAUGAGUGUGCCACAAGCAGCGAGCCUCUCUGCCCCCACAUCUGUGUCAAUACCCUUGGCAGCUAUCGGUGUGAAUGUAAUGAGGGGUACAUACGUGAAGAUGAUGGGAAAACAUGCACCAAAGGAGAGAAAGGGUUUUCUGAGAAGGCUGAUAACGUGGUGAAACCAGGGGCCUGCUGUGCCUCUUGCAAAGAGUUCUAUCAAAUCAAGCAGACAGUGUUGCAACUGAAACAAAAGGUUGCUUUGUUGCCAAAUAAUGCUGCUGACCUUAGCAAACCAAUCACAGGAGAAAAAGUACUUGCAUCCAAUACAUUAAUACCAGGUCCUCCUGGACAGCCAGGUGAUCAGGGUCCUCCAGGUGCCACAGGUCCGCAAGGGAGCCCUGGAUUUCCUGGAUCUCCUGGCCCUCCAGGUCUGCCAGGCCCUAGAGGAGCAAUGGGGCCUAUGGGACCCUCUCCAGACCUGUCCCAUAUUAAACAGGGCAGAAGGGGCCCCGUGGGUCCUCCGGGAGCACCAGGAAGAGAUGGAGCAAAGGGUGACAGAGGGGCACCAGGAGAAAAAGGAGCACCGGGGCCACCAGGUUCUUUUGACUUCCUGUUGCUAAUGAUGGCCGACAUCAGAAAUGAUAUCGCUGAGCUGCAAGAGCGGGUGUUUGGCCACAGGACUCAUUCAUCGACUGAAGAGUUUCCAUUACCUCAGGAAUUUACAAACUAUCAGGACAUAGUGGAUCUGGGAUCCGGAGAAGAUUACAAACAAAGGACUGCGUCAAAAGACUCCCGAACAUACGGAGAAGGCAAUCAUUAAAACAAGCUUGUGACCUGGAAAGAGUAAAACUUUGCAGGGCAGUGGUCCACAAGUCAUUUAAGCCAGCGUACUUGCACAUAUUCCAGUUUAGCCCCAUGGAAAUGGGCCCAUGUACACGAUUCACUGAAGUUACCAUCUUCCCUUACUUUAGCACUGCAGGCAGGACCAAAUUAAGAGCCAGCUAGGUGAUCAGCACUCAGUGAGAAUUAUCCAUUGUUGGAAUGUGCAGGUGGAGAACUGCAUAUGAAAAACCAAGACCUGAUUGUAGGUAGAAGACGUAUGUGUUAGAAAGGAACAAUCCUUUCUACACGUUUCCUUGACAUGCUAUCUUUGGUCUGCAUGGAGUUGUAUGUUUCUAAGAUAAGGAGCGUUCAAAUGUUUGAACUUCUGGUUGCUGCCUGAAGUGCUACAGCUCAGCAGUUUAUGAUGGCUAUAUAUUACCUUCCAUAUCAGAAGAAGUGUGCUUCAGAAUAGCUAUUGGUGCAGAACACAAGUGGAACAGCACCAUAACAUUCAUGCCCUGCUUGUGAGCAUCCCAGACGCAUCUGGUCAGCCACUAUUUGGAAUGGAAUGCUGUCCUAAAUAGACCUUUGCUCUGAUCCAGCUGCUGUCUUAGCUUGUUAACAACAGUUGCAUCCCAUGAGUCUGCUUAUAGUGUAACUCGACUCUCAAGAGCAAGGGCCAUCAGGAAUUUGGCUGUCACCCAGGAUUCCCAUAUCAUACUCUGCUCACAUCUAGAGGAAGGAUUGUGCAAAUAUAGCUAUGAACAUCCACCUGCACUGCCUUCCUCCUGUUCCUUUUUUCUUUUAGCAGGCUGAACAGGAUACUGGUUGACCAUGAUUAUAUGCAUAUAUCUUCAAUUUUUCUACAUGUCAGAACACAUUUCAUUCUCCUUUGUCUUCCAGUAGGGGAACAGCUGCUGUAUCUGUGACUUUAAAGUGUAGACAGUUUUAAAGGAGCUCAGUUGAAGGAGCAAGUUGGAUGUACUCCACCUGUUGAGACACUCCCAAAUAAUUAUGCCAUGCUGCUGGCCUCCAUUUCCUUGCCACCCAACUCCCCGAUGCUGCAUAAGGAUGCUGGUGGGAGUUGAAGGUGAGGACAUGUACAACGUGGAGUUGUAAAUAAUUGUUUGCCUUCUCAUCUUCACCAUGGCACUCCCUUCCUCUCGUUGCACCAAGGAUACAGUGUGUGCAAGGCAAGGAAUGGGACUUUCUGCAUUCACACAAUGGCCUAACAUUAGCAUAAAGGAGGAAAUUUUACAUCUGCAAUGUGUGCUCAAAAGUAGGCAAGGGUCUUCAAGUGCACCAGGUAAUUUUCUACAGCCGAGUGACCUGUAAGCUACCUUAGGUACUAGUUCUGUGGCUUAAAUGAUUUGUGGACUGCACUGUUAAAAAGAGUUGUACAAUAUUUUAAAAAUGCACUGAUAAUGUAUAAAGUUUUAUAUGUUUUAUUGUCCAAAGUUUCUCAGUUCCCUUUUUUACAGAGACGUUUACUGGUAGUAACACAAUCCAGCUGUGUUAUUUGUUAGCCCAAGAACUAGCCCCAAACUGUCUAAACAUGGACUCGAUAAUAGAUUCUGCUUUGGAGCAAAAAGUAAAAAAUAAAAAUCCUAACGCAUUGGUAAUUCCAAGUGCAGUGGCAUAAUUUGCAGUCAGAGGUAGCUACAAAUGCGUGACGUUUCCUUUUUCUUAGCAAAACAGUGAAGUUUGGGAAAGUGGCCAAGUGUCAAUGUUAUUAGCCAGUUCAUAAAUUGUACUUUCCAGCCACAAGGCAAUGACCUUGAAUGAUCCCCAUUUUAGGUGCAAUAUAAAAUUGCCUGUAAUCAGACUUCUAAUACAUGUAUCUUUCGUAAAAUACAAACAGUCAUGUAGUCAGUUCUUGUUCCAUAUUCCCCUGGCUGCAACUUAUACACAAUGCCAAUUUAGUGCUGAUGGGGGAUGAGAUUAUGGCUGGUCCAUGUUCGAAAAAGAAUAUACUGAAUAUAUCCCCUACUUAAAUCUAAGUCCUGAUUUGAGAGCUGCAAUGCUCAAGGGCUUUCACAUCACUAGUGGUACUUCAGAAAAUCUCAUGAAUCUAGUUCAGUUCGCUUGAUGGCUUUUUUUCUUAAAAGCAUGUGCAAUGGGCCAAUUGGAUUGGCUCCUUGGGUUUUUAGUAAGGGGUGGUGGAGAAUUAAGGCAUGAAAGCAGAAUAGCAAGAAGAGGCAGUGUGGGCAUGAUCCAGCAGACCUUAAGUCCCAUUGCUUUCAGUGGGAGUGAGCCAAGUGCCGGCUUUGACUGACUCACGCCCAUUCUUAUUUUACGAAAAGAAAAGUAUAAUCAAACCAUUCACAACGUUUAGUGUAAUGAGAACAUUCUGUGUUGUCAAAAGAUGGUUUAGUUUUGCUUUUUAAAGGCUUAAUGUGUCUACAGAAAAAAAUACUAGUUCCCUAGAACGUGUUUUUAAAUGGCCACAAUUCCAAAGAUUCUAUAUACUGCUGAUUAAGCAUCAUUAUUAAAAGUAGUUCCAUUGAUUUCAGUAGAAAGGCGGCUUGAUCCUGUGCAUUUUUACAUAGCAGCAAGAGCCACUGAGUUCUAGGGGACUAGCUCUUAGCUAAAAGUGCAUAGGAUUUGCACAUAUGCCAGCUUAGACCCUUGGUGUGUAUGCUUCUGCAGUAGUUAGCAGUAACCAAAAAUUAGCUGAGAUGCAGGCAUUAAAAAGUUUUUGCUAAAGAUUUCCCAACUGGCAUGAACAAAUACGCAGAAGAAAGGAAGAAAUAAUAUUCUAUAAUCUUUGAGUAAUCCCUCGAGAUCUCAACGCAAUCCCUGUCCGAGACUGUCUGUAACUGUGCAGACAGUUCACCAGGAAUUUUCCCCAUGCAUGCCUCACAGGAAUGAGUGGAUCUGGGGCAAACUCAUUCUCAGUAGAUUUGUGGCCAAUCUCUCUUAGAGAUCAUAUUUCACAGUAAACGGGCGGAAGCAACUGGAGGUUAACAACGUGACCCAUAAUUUUAUUACUUUCCUCCCUUUUUUUGUAAUAAUAAAAGACACAGAGCUUUGUCCCUUUGUACACAUUUAGAAAGCUAUGCAACACACAAUUAUUUAUGAUGAUUAUAUGAAGUACAAGAGAGUAUAAAAAGUGACUGUGAUUAUGCAAUGUAUUUGCAAUUAAAGAAGGAUAUUUUUUCUUA